UAUUCGGAUGAAAUCCACUUCCAUAAUCAGGGACCCUAGGCCUCCAAGUACCUUCUGAGAUGGUGUUUGGGGUGGGUUUGGAGGAUCCAAAUACCUUCUGAGGAGGCACUUCGAGGUGUAGGGGGAAUGUAGACAACCAAAUUCCUGCACGGGAUGAAUUGCAGGAUGAACUGCGGAUAAGAACGAGGCAGGCACCUGGUUUUUCACAUGACCUGGUUUUGCUGGACUCUUGGAGCUUGAUUUCCGUAUAGAUCCCAACCACUCCAUGGGACUGGAAUAUGAACCUACAUUGGGGUGGUUGGCCCGGGGUCAAUGGGGCGGCAUAUAUUCCAAUCCCAUUAGUCGUGUAUGGGGAUGGGUCAAUCCCCAUCGGAGCGUUAUGCUUGGACGAACUCCCGGGCCCAGGAGCUGGAGAUGAACGAACUCCAGGCGCAAGUCUCCUCUGAUUGGCCACCUGCCGGAGGCCUUGAGGAGCCGCGGAGACCGGAGAACCCCGCGGUCUUGGACCAUGCGGAGGAGACCGGGAAUCAGAGGCGUGAAGACCUCCGUGAUCUUCCAGAAACUGCAACGGAAGAUCGUGAAGAUCGUGAAGGUCAAAGCAAAAGCGAGGUGAAGAGCCAGGUGGAUGAGAAGAGGCAAAAGCUCGACCAACUUCAGUCCUCCAGUCGCUCGGGCGCACCUGCAGGUGCCGUGGCGACGGACCCAGCCAUGGUCGAACAGAAGAUGGGGGAAACCAAGGAUGAAGAAUCAGAGGUGCGAUCUGCCGCAGAGAUCGAGUCUGCCGCAGAGAUCGGGUCACGAGGUACUUUGAAGGUGGAAAAGAAGCUCUUGGUGCAAACUGAUCUUGAUGCAUCGCAUAGCGAGCAUGAGCGUGAGGAGAAAUUGGAAGGUCACACUUUGGGGACCGGGAGGAGCAACGAUGCCGAUGGCAACGCGGGAGCAACGCACCUGGUCGAGGCCGAUGGCCACGAGAACCGCGUCGCGGACGGUGGGACCGGGCGCCCGGUGCACGAGGCGACGACUGGGAGCCGUGUGGUGGACUUCAUGUCUGCUUCCACGACGCGUGCCACAGAUGCACGUGCAACGGCGGCGGACGCCGGUGGGGAAGACGAUGCGCAGGAAGCAGAGACGACGAGAAGCAGUGCUGGGCCGACUCGCGCUGGCAUCACCGACAGCGCUGGCAUCACGCCCGGCCGCGCAAGCUCGAUGCUGGAGACCGAGGGGAGGAGCCCGAUGCUCAAGAGCCAAGAGGCCGACACCAAGGACACCGAGAAAGAGAAGUCCAUGAGCCAAGGAGAAGAAGUGGAGGAUCAAGUCCGUGAGAAGUCCAAGUCCAAGUCUGCAGGAAGGAGUUCAAGUGCCAAGGAGGUGGAGCCGGAGGGGGUCGGAGGCGUCAGCAAGGAGCCCAUAGUUACAGCUGAUACCAGUUCAGAUGUGAGCCAGGCUCCCAAAGUCCUUUGGGUGGAGCCAAGUGGAGCUGCUGCCACGUCCGGAUGGCAAGGGCCGCUCUCCGCGCGAGAGGUGUUGAAGUUGGCGGAGGAGCAAACCUUAGGUCCAGAUGGUUUGGUUUGGGGCCUUGCGGGUGGAUCAGUUGAGCCGCCUCCAGAGGGUGCUCCUGGUGCCCUGCCCUUGUGGCAGUGCUUGCCGGAGCUGGGACAGCACUUGCGCAGGGCUUCUGAGGCUCAACUUCAGGAACGCCUCCAAAAGCGUUUCCAGAAGAUGCCGCGACAGGAGGAUGCCACGGACGUCCUUCCCAACUGACGUUCGCCACGUUCGCCACGUCCUUGUGGAGCUUUGGAGAGAGCAUCGAUGUCCAGAGCACUUUGCACAGAGCUCCAGUGGUCAGAGCUCAGAGCUGACAUUAUGCUCAGCGGCAGAAUCUGAUGAUCGAGGUGAUGUGGAUGUCCAUCGAAUUCCUCACAGGUGAUGCCCCUUUGCAUCCCUUUGCCCUUGGCAAAAAGGCUCAACGACACUGAGUGCGCAUGAGCGCAUGACACCAGUCGACCCGGUCGACCGUCCACAGACCGGCGGAGUAGGGGCGCUGGAGCAGAGACCCUGUACUGCUGGAGGAAUUGGGCGAAUAGAUCGUCCAAAGCGAUCACCAAGUCGCUGCAGUGGGCACAUUCAGCUAGGUCCAGGUUGAAAGCAUGGCUGGUGAACUGACAAAAGGCCAAAGAAAUCAACCGUGUUGAGUCAUGUCCUCUUCGUGAAGAAGCUCAUAUCAAGAGAUCCUGCUUGCGCGGUAGGGACCCCAUCAGUCUUCCAGUGCAGGAAGAUGCACCAUCCCUUACGGAUCCAGUCGUACCGAACCUCAGAAGGUACGACUGGACCCUCCUGGUGCCUACAUAACAGUGUCGAACACAUCACCUUCUAAGAAGGUACUUGGAUCCCUGCCGGGCAUAUCUAACUUUGAGAGAAGACGUCCUGAUAGUUCUGCGGGACCCGACAGAAAACGGCCUUGGAGCUUGGGGAAGCUCGGUCCACCCUGAAACGACGGUGGCGCAGGCAACUGGAGCAUCAGCCCACGUGAAGGGCUAAGAUGGGGCGAAGUUGGGAUCUCGAC